AGCCUAUUCUGUUGUCAGAGCCUGAUGUGAGCCUUUACUGAAUGAAGCUGUCUACAUAUUAUUUUCAUGGAGAGAACCCACUGAGAGAACCCAAGACAUUCUGUUAUAAAGAGGACAGGUUCUGACUGUGAUGCCUCAGAUGGCUGCCUGCGCUAAGGAAUCCGCUCCUUGCACAGAGCCAUGAGGAACUGAAACAAUCCGGAUGCGGAAUAAUCCUCUGCAAUAGCAUUUGUCCACAAGCUUAUGUCCAGAAAUGGUUACCAUCACAACUGAAAAUGUUACACAUCUUUACAAGCUUAUGGCCACCAAGGAGCUCACAAUCAUUCCAGCAGAUUUCCACAAUGAUUCCGAAGUUCAUCAGCUGAAUGGAUACAAAUGUAUAAAUUCAGAUGCAUGGCUAUGGCUACAGACUUUUCAGCCUGGAUUCCUUUGGUUUAUAUUUAUUCUGGGAGCAAUAGAAAAUGCCUUUGUCCUUAUCGUACUGUGUUUCCACAAGGGUCGCUGCACAGUGGCUGAAAUUUACCUAGCAAACAUGGCACUUGCUGACCUACUGCUAGUCUGUUCUUUGCCUUUCUGGGCCAUUAAUAUUUCUAAUAAUUUUCAGUGGCCUUUUGGCCUGUUCCUCUGUAAAGCCGUCAACACAGUCAGCAACAUGAACUUUUAUUCUAGCAUUUAUUUUCUGACGCUAGUGAGCAUUGACCGCUAUCUGGCCUUGGUGAAAACCAUGUCUCUGGGACGGAUGCGGCGAACUGUCUGUGCCAAGUGGAAUAGCUUUGUAGUCUGGAUGUGCGCAUUGUUCAUAUGCUCACCUGCGAUGGUCUUCCGAAAACUACAGUAUUACAAAGAAUACAACAUCACAGCCUGCUCUCUUGCUUAUCCAUCCCCCUACUGGCACCCUGCAAACAACUGCCUGCUGAAUAUUGUGGGCUUUGUGAUCCCGCUCUGUGUAAUUACCUAUUGCACUACCCAGAUCGUCAAGGCCCUACGAAGUAGUGAGUUACAAAAAAUGAAGUUAAUCCAGACAGAAAGGAGAGCCACCAUGCUGGUCCUCGCUGUGCUCUUGCUGUUUGUCAUUUGCUGGCUCCCAUUCCAGAUCAGUACAUUCAUCGAUACAAUCUGCUCCUUGGCAAAGACUUUGAAAUGUCUUGAAGAAAUCAAUGACAUUGUGACCCAGAUAGCUACCUACUGCGCCUUUAGCAACAGCUGCUUGAACCCAGUCCUAUACGUUAUAGUCGGGAAGCACUUCCAGAAGAAGGCUGUGGAAUUCUACAAGAACUUGCUCCCACAGAGGUGCAGAAAGUCACAGUCUGUGAAGGCAGAAAACUCCCUGGACACUUUAAGAACUUCCAUUUCAAGCGAAUAUCCAAGGAAAAAGUCUGUUUUCCCAUUACCACGGUAGCACAAUUUGUUCAUAGUCGGGGCAGGGAUCAAACAUAUCAGUCUCCACUAAUAUCCAUCUGCUAUGGGUCCACAGAAUAAACACGUGGUAGCAUUCAUCAUUUGUGGAAAACCAAUGGUUUGAUCUUAAUGCAAACUUCAUACAGAGAACUGUUUCUAAUGUUAUGGACAUUUUUCACAUUUGAAUCAUUCUUUGUAGCAUAUUUAUGGUUUUCACGGCUGAAUUUUAUUUCUUGCAUGUUUCAUUUGAAAUGUUUAUAUUUCCAUGGAAUAUAAGUGUCUGAAUGCACAUACAGUUGUCUUAUUAGAGUCCCAGUAUAGAAGCUAUUGUCAGGGUUGUGCAACUACUUAUGGUACCCGUACAGUUUUGUUAGACUAUGUUUUUAUAGGAGGGAAUCAUAUUUAUGUAAGUUUAAAUGAAUCCUGUAGGACUAUUAUUCAAAUGGAUUUUUAGGUGUGACCCUCUUCUGGACUUUUCCUUUCUCUGCUCCAAAGCAAUAUGGGUUGCUUGAUUUACAAGCUGUGCCUUUUUGCAACUGCUCUGCCUCUGCUAGGUGCAGAUUUACAUCUGCCUGUAUGCAUGGAACAUAGCUCAGAAAAGGUAAUGCAGAUAAGGGAGGAAAAUUUCAACCAGCUUAAUGAAGGCAGUAGAGUUUUCUUUGUAGCAGGAGACUCUUCACUCUUUCUGCCACAAGGUAAAAAUGUUCACUAUGGAGAGCUCUUUUGGGGUGGGUAAAUGCUAUCUUCAUUUAUACCUAUAUGUCAGCUCAGAGACUAGUUUUUUAAUGUUCACAAAAACAUAAUUAGUAUUCAUAAUGUUAUUUAAUGGAAAUAUAAAUGCUCAGUACAACUGGUAUAAUCUCACAAGAAGAAACAGAAUACAGAGGAGAGCAUCACCUAACUACCUUAGAAAUCUAACUGAAGCUAAUAGGAGUUUUGAAUAUUCAGAGAAAUCAAAAAUGGUAUUUUCAGACCCUAAUACUACCUAAAUUUUAUUUAUAGAGUUAAUAUGAGUGAUUUUAAUACAAAAUAUCAAUUCCUAAAUUAGACUGGAUUUAAAAAUCAAACGACUUCACACAGAGGAAACUCAGUGUACUGAAUUGUCAGGAUGCACUUUUACUUAUGGGAACCUUGAUCUAAAACCAACUUGGAGAUGAUCUAAAAGCUUCUGAAACUCAGAGCCUUUAUGUUCUUUCCAGUUGGAGCACUUAAAACUGGAGCCUUAAAACUCCCCCCAAAAAUAGAGUUUGGUUAUAUCACUAAACUCAGACUGUUAAUGCAUGGCCUUUAAUCAUCAGAGCUUGAAUGGAGCAAUAAAGUUCCAUUCAAGCUGGAAAGUCUGUAUUAAAUCUUCAAAUAAUUAAACCAAAGAAAUACUCUAGAAGCUUGUGGAUGUGCUAUUAAAACUAUGGUAUGUAGAUGACUGUAGAUGAUUUAUUGAAAAUUUCUAUAUGUUUUAUUUAAUCAUCCAGUAUAAUCCUAUAUCAUAAGUAUUUUUAGAGUUUGUUCUAUAUAUUGUCCUAGACGUCUAUGAUGAAACACUCCAAGCCUUUCUGUUAUUUCCAGUGUUAUCAACAUUGUCACGUUCAUGAGCGUAUCGUUCACACAAUCUUUAAAUUAAAGGAACUCCAUUCAGAGGUUAUUGGGGCAAUGGAAGAGAAUUUUGAGUAUUUGGUACUGAGAAGUAAAAUAUGAAAGUGUUAUGACUUGUCAAGAAUACAAUAUUAAUUUAAAACAUGUAAAUACAUACAUGUGUUGUUUUGCUGUGCAGAAAGCAUGUACAACAGAAAAUAAAUGACUUUAAGAUA